AAUCAAGUAGUCUUUUGAGCAGCAAACAACUCAAUCUAACACAACCAAGUGUGAUCAAAGUAAAAAGAAAUUCUUGAAGAAAAUUUCGAAAAUCUAAAGUGAAAAAUUCCAAAUUCAGUGAACAUUUGCAACAAUUUAAUUGUUAACGAAAGCAAACCAAAAGUAAACCAAAAUGCAAAUUUUCGUGAAGACUUUGACUGGCAAGACCAUCACUUUGGAGGUUGAACCGUCGGACACCAUUGAAAACGUGAAGGCCAAGAUCCAAGACAAGGAGGGAAUUCCUCCAGAUCAGCAACGUUUGAUCUUCGCCGGCAAGCAGUUGGAGGACGGUCGUACAUUGAGCGACUAUAACAUCCAGAAGGAGUCGACACUCCACUUGGUCCUUCGUCUCCGCGGAGGAAUGCAAAUUUUCGUGAAGACUUUGACUGGCAAGACCAUCACUUUGGAGGUUGAACCGUCCGACACCAUUGAAAACGUGAAGGCCAAAAUCCAAGACAAGGAGGGAAUUCCUCCAGAUCAGCAACGUUUGAUCUUCGCCGGCAAGCAGUUGGAAGAUGGUCGUACAUUGAGCGACUAUAACAUCCAGAAGGAGUCGACACUCCACUUGGUCCUUCGUCUCCGCGGAGGAAUGCAAAUUUUCGUGAAGACUUUGACUGGCAAGACCAUCACUUUGGAGGUUGAACCGUCCGACACCAUUGAAAACGUGAAGGCCAAGAUCCAAGACAAGGAGGGAAUUCCUCCAGAUCAGCAACGUUUGAUCUUCGCCGGCAAGCAGUUGGAAGAUGGUCGUACAUUGAGCGACUAUAACAUCCAGAAGGAGUCGACACUCCACUUGGUCCUUCGUCUCCGCGGAGGAAUGCAAAUUUUCGUGAAGACUUUGACUGGCAAGACCAUCACUUUGGAGGUUGAACCGUCCGACACCAUUGAAAACGUGAAGGCCAAAAUCCAAGACAAGGAGGGAAUUCCUCCAGAUCAGCAACGUUUGAUCUUCGCCGGCAAGCAGUUGGAAGAUGGUCGUACAUUGAGCGACUAUAACAUCCAGAAGGAGUCGACACUCCACUUGGUCCUUCGUCUCCGCGGAGGAAUGCAAAUUUUCGUUAAAACCUUGACUGGCAAGACCAUCACUUUGGAAGUUGAACCGUCCGACACCAUUGAAAACGUGAAGGCCAAAAUCCAAGACAAGGAGGGAAUUCCUCCAGAUCAGCAACGUUUGAUCUUCGCCGGCAAGCAGUUGGAAGAUGGUCGUACAUUGAGCGACUAUAACAUCCAGAAGGAGUCAACUUUGCAUUUGGUCCUUCGUCUCCGCGGAGGAAUGCAAAUUUUCGUUAAAACAUUGACUGGCAAGACCAUCACUUUGGAGGUUGAACCGUCCGACACCAUUGAAAACGUGAAGGCCAAAAUCCAAGACAAGGAGGGAAUUCCUCCAGAUCAGCAACGUUUGAUCUUCGCCGGCAAGCAGUUGGAAGAUGGUCGUACAUUGAGCGACUAUAACAUCCAGAAGGAGUCGACUUUGCAUUUGGUCCUUCGUCUUCGAGGAGGAUCAAAUGCCUUCGUCAAAACUUUGACUGGCAAGACCAUCACUUUUGAGGUCGAACCCAGCGAUACCAUCGAGAACGUCAAGGCCAAGAUCCAAGACAAGGAGGGAAUUCCUCCAGAUCAGCAGCGAUUGAUCUUCGCCGGCAAGCAGUUGGAAGAUGGUCGUACAUUGAGCGACUAUAACAUCCAGAAGAAGUCGACUUUGAAUUUGGUCCUUCGUCUUCGUGGUGGCAUGCAAAUUUUCGUGAAGACUUUGACUGGCAAGACCAUCACUUUGGAGGUUGAACCGUCGGACACCAUUGAAAACGUGAAGGCCAAGAUCCAAGACAAGGAGGGAAUUCCUCCAGAUCAGCAACGUUUGAUCUUCGCCGGCAAGCAGUUGGAGGAUGGUCGUACAUUGAGCGACUAUAACAUCCAGAAGGAGUCGACACUCCACUUGGUCCUUCGUCUCCGCGGAGGAAUGCAAAUUUUCGUGAAGACUUUGACUGGCAAGACCAUCACUUUGGAGGUUGAACCGUCCGACACCAUUGAGAACGUGAAGGCCAAAAUCCAAGACAAGGAGGGAAUUCCUCCAGAUCAGCAACGUUUGAUCUUCGCCGGCAAGCAGUUGGAAGAUGGUCGUACAUUGAGCGACUAUAACAUCCAGAAGGAGUCGACACUCCACUUGGUCCUUCGUCUCCGCGGAGGAAUGCAAAUUUUCGUUAAAACCUUGACUGGCAAGACCAUCACUUUGGAGGUUGAACCGUCGGACACCAUUGAAAACGUGAAGGCCAAAAUCCAAGACAAGGAGGGAAUUCCUCCAGAUCAGCAACGUUUGAUCUUCGCCGGCAAGCAGUUGGAAGAUGGUCGUACAUUGAGCGACUAUAACAUCCAGAAGGAGUCGACACUCCACUUGGUCCUUCGUCUCCGCGGAGGAAUGCAAAUUUUCGUUAAAACCUUGACUGGCAAGACCAUCACUUUGGAGGUUGAACCGUCGGACACCAUUGAAAACGUGAAGGCCAAAAUCCAAGACAAGGAGGGAAUUCCUCCAGAUCAGCAACGUUUGAUCUUCGCCGGCAAGCAGUUGGAAGAUGGUCGUACAUUGAGCGACUAUAACAUCCAGAAGGAGUCGACACUCCACUUGGUCCUUCGUCUCCGCGGAGGAAUGCAAAUUUUCGUGAAAACUUUGACUGGCAAGACCAUCACUUUGGAGGUUGAACCGUCCGACACCAUUGAAAACGUGAAGGCCAAAAUCCAAGACAAGGAGGGAAUUCCUCCAGAUCAGCAACGUUUGAUCUUCGCCGGCAAGCAGUUGGAAGAUGGUCGUACAUUGAGCGACUAUAACAUCCAGAAGGAGUCGACACUCCACUUGGUCCUUCGUCUCCGCGGAGGAAUGCAAAUUUUCGUUAAAACCUUGACUGGCAAGACCAUCACUUUGGAGGUUGAACCGUCGGACACCAUUGAAAACGUGAAGGCCAAAAUCCAAGACAAGGAGGGAAUUCCUCCAGAUCAGCAACGUUUGAUCUUCGCCGGCAAGCAGUUGGAAGAUGGUCGUACAUUGAGCGACUAUAACAUCCAGAAGGAGUCAACUUUGCAUUUGGUCCUUCGUCUUCGAGGAGGAUCAAACUAA